UAAUUAAAUGUAUCUCCUCUGCUGCAGGAGGUGCAAAAACACUCUGUGCACACAUUAGUGUUCAGAUCCUUGAAGAGAACUCAUGAUAUGUUUGUGGCUGAUAAUGGAAAGCCUAUACCAUUGGAUGAUGUAAGCCACAAAUUAAAGAUGUCAAUCAAACUUCGCACAGAUUAUGGUUCUGUCCUACACAUGCCUAUUCUGAAGGAAAAUUUUAGAGAGAAGGGUUCUCCAGAUGCAGGGGAUCCUUAUGGACAUAAACAAUAUCCUGCAAAUCAAGGACAGGAACUUGAAUAUUUGAUAACAGGUACACAUCCAUAUCCAGCUGGUCCUGGUGUGGCUCUGACAGCUGACACUAAAAUCCAGAGAAUGCCCAGUGAAUCAGCUGCUCAGUCGUUAGCUGUAGCCCUUCCUCCUUCUCAGUCCAGGUUAGAGGCAAAUCGUACUGCUGCAGGUGUGGGUGAUAUUUACAGACAUGCUGGGAUUUCAGACCGCACACAGCCUCCUGGUUUAUCAAUGGCUAUGAUGGAAGCAGGGGGGAACAAAAAUUCUGCACUGAUUGCAAAGAAAGCUCCAACAAUGCCUAAACCCCAAUGGCACCCACCAUGGAAACUGUACAGAGUUAUCAGUGGUCACUUGGGCUGGGUGAGAUGUAUUGCAGUUGAACCAGGAAAUCAAUGGUUUGUUACUGGCUCUGCUGACAGAACUAUAAAGAUCUGGGACCUUGCUAGUGGCAAAUUAAAAUUGUCUUUGACGGGCCACAUUAGUACUGUACGAGGGGUGAUAGUAAGUGGAAGAAGUCCAUACCUCUUCUCUUGUGGAGAAGAUAAACAGGUGAAGUGCUGGGAUCUUGAAUAUAAUAAGGUUAUUAGGCACUAUCAUGGACACUUAAGUGCAGUCUAUGGUUUGGACUUGCAUCCAACAAUAGAUGUGCUAGUAACAUGUAGCAGAGAUUCAACUGCACGAAUUUGGGAUGUGAGGACAAAAGCCAGUGUGCAUACAUUAGCGGGACACACAAAUGCAGUGGCAACAGUGAAGUGCCAAGCUGCGGAACCACAGAUUAUUACAGGAAGCCAUGAUACUACAAUACGACUGUGGGAUUUAGUGGCAGGAAAAACUCGUGUCACUUUGACAAAUCACAAGAAAUCUGUAAGAGCAGUUGUACUGCAUCCAAGGCAUUAUACAUUUGCAUCUGGUUCUCCAGAUAACAUUAAACAGUGGAAGUUCCCAGAUGGAAAUUUCAUUCAAAACCUUUCUGGUCAUAAUGCUAUAAUCAACACAUUGGCUGUGAAUGCUGAUGGAGUGUUGGUAUCAGGAGCUGAUAAUGGCACUAUGCAUCUUUGGGACUGGAGAACUGGGUAUAAUUUCCAGAGAGUACAUGCAGCUGUACAGCCUGGUUCUUUGGACAGUGAAUCAGGAAUAUUUGCUUGUGCAUUUGACCAGUCGGAAAGCAGAUUGCUCACUGCGGAAGCUGAUAAAACCAUAAAAGUGUACAGAGAAGAUGAUACUGCGACUGAAGAAACUCAUCCUGUCAGCUGGAAACCAGAAAUUAUCAAGAGAAAGCGAUUUUAAUGAUGCAACAUCUGCGUAGUUAUGCUAUCAUUUUAUUUUGGCCUUCCUAAGAGCAUUGUGCUCUGUAUCGAACUGUAGAGCAGUAACUCAGCUAAAGUCAUUGCUGUUUCACCUUGUUUUACAAUAAAUUUUGUUUGUAUUAG